CUAUAAACUUAUAUUGGUGGCAGCGAUUACAAAGCGAUUACAAAGGAUUUCUCAUAAAAUAAUACUGGCCUACACAAAGCGCCUCAAAUUACGUGGUGACUCCUUAGUGGCAACGACUCAGUGAACCAGUGUGAACUCAAGCACAACCUCUCUACAAUUACGGGAUUACUACACUCCCUAUGAGACGACUACAAGCCCCAUAGCUAGUACUUGCACCUACGUCAUGUCCCCACCUACAUUGUAUCACCAAAACAACAAUCUGUGCCACCACUCAGCAAACGUCCGUAACCAGUCUACCCAAAAAUCCCACCUCAAUUAACGGGAUUAACCCCUGCCGAACUCCCCCAACCCUGUAUCUUCACAGUCACAAGAGGAGGAAGAGGAAGCCAUAUUCGUAGUGACAAGGUAGUAGCCGCGGCCAGGCAGCUCAAUUCAAGUGCGUCAGCAGUCUGCCUCAGCGUGCCGUCAAUCAAAACAUCGGCAACACCCGCCCCCGGCUAGAGGAACACGCCGCACAAUUUUGGUUUGUCACCUGCACUAUCACUAAAGUAAGACGAAACGUUGUUCCAUAUUUAGUACAUGUACCGUCGAAACCCCCCACUUCAAAUAACAUUCUCACCCUCGUCUCCCAUUCUCCACUAAAUUACCCUAAUAUAAUCGCCACUUCAUUUGUUCUUAAUCCCAUACACGGAUUACAUUUAAAUUCCUAUCCCUACUCUCUUGUAAUCCAUACCGUUCGCCUUCAGCGCUCCUCCCCUCCCCGUUCACCAGCCCUACCCCUCUUUCGCCUGCGGCAGCCACGUCUUGCUGAUCCCAGUGAUAUGUGUCGCCAUCUGCACAUCUGCUGAUCCCAGUCAUUUAUGCCCUUGUACCGAACCAAUCUUUCCUCAAGCGAACUCACGACUGCUUCACACCCAAGCUUGUGCCGGAGAGCAGAGAGAAGUGAGUUAAACCACAUCUCCUGCGACCCAGUCUCCCCCCUCACCAUACAUCAGCCAUACCAUCCUGCUCUGGUCUCCUUACAAAUGCAUCGGACGCAGCUAAGUGACUCCCCCGUCUAACUCCCCAUGUCCCAGGAUCGAAAAUUGGAAGAGGCUCUAUCCUCUGACUUCAGCGGUUUAACGUUUGGUAAUCCCCAUCACACAGUCCUCCGUUCAGGAGCUGCUUAUCCAAAACCUAUUCCCCCAGCACCCCCAUUACCUCCUGCAAAGAAGCUCCCCUCAGACUUUUCACCAGAGCCUUCCCAGACUACUUCCUCUUCCCAGACAGAACAGCACCAAAGUGACACAACCAUGAGUGACAAACCUCAAAACGUCAUUUUAAGGGGCGAGGAUAAAAAUCCAAAAUAUACGGGCUCAGAGGAGACCGGCCCCGACCUCCUAACUCACCUUCAGAGGGUAGAGGAUGCUUUUACCAAAUUCCAAUAUACAAAUGAAAAGGAGAAAUUGGCCCACCUUUACGACAGCAUCCACACGGGCCCUUGUCGGGCUCAAUCCAUUAUAAAAAGUGACGCAUUCAAGAAAGCCGAAACAUAUGAUGAAGCGAAAGCAAAUCUCAUCAGCCAUUUCGGCUCCACAUGCAAGCAGGGUGCCCUGUCAGUCUUGUUCCGCCUAGCGGCUACCUACCGUCCCAAAAUAAAGGCUAAUAUUGCAGUGGAUGACUGUUUAGGCGUCGCGGGUGGAGCCUUCACAGAGUUUGAAACCCAAUUCCGUCACUCCCCGUGGACUACCGAUGAGAAAAUGAACCUUGAGGAUGUGUGCCGCCUUUUCUCAUACUUUAUCUUUCUCCUCAAUUGCACGGAGACACUCUUCAAAGAGUUACAAAAGGAAGAACCCCUACCAAAAGGUAGAACCCUUUUCAAACACAUCAGUCCCCUGUCGGGACGAGAGCCACCAACAGAACCCACAUCCUCAGCGGUGAGGGGCGUCAAAAUUCAGAGGGGGCGUCCCCAAAGUCGCUCCCCGGCCGGAGCUCAGACCCCUAGGAACCGCUCUGCCACCCGCAGCCGCCGCCCUUACAAUAGAGGCAGGG